ACGCUCUAAAGCUCAUCUACGAUUGCGCUCAUCAUAAUGUCCUUGUUCAGACCCGCCUUCUCCCGUGCGUUGACUGCGUCACUUCGGCCUGCCUCAUCAUCCUUGAUAUCAAAAACCUGUGUACGCGCAUUCUCUGCAUCUGUUGCUCCUCGCGAGUUUGCUCGAGUUGCGAAACCCGCUCCCACAUGGAAAGCCCAAGCUGUUAUCAACAAGGAGUUUAAAGAUAUUAGCUUGGCUGACUACAAGGGAAAAUGGGUUGUCCUUUUCUUCUAUCCUCUGGAUUUCACAUUUGUCUGCCCGACGGAAAUUAUUGCGUUCAGCGAACGUGCCGAAGAAUUUCGCCAGUUGAAUGCUGAAGUGAUUGGCGCCUCCGUGGACUCUGUACACUCUCACUUGGCCUGGAUCAACACUCCCCGUCGUGAUGGUGGAUUGGGUGACAUGAAGAUCCCUCUGAUCUCCGACAUUACAAAGUCCAUCUCUCGGGAUUACGGUGUUCUUCUUGAGGAAAGUGGCUUUGCCCUUCGCGGCACCUUUAUCAUUGAUCCCAACGGUGUCGUGCGGCAAUUGAGCAUCAACGAUGCACCAAUUGGUCGUAGUGUUGAGGAGACGCUCCGGCUCUUGGAGGGUCUCCAAUUUGCUGAUGAGCACGGACAAGUUUGCCCAGCUGGAUGGAAGAAAGGAGGCAAGACCAUGAAUCCCGAUCCCGUCAAGAGCAAAGAAUACUUCCGUGAUGAGCAUGCGACUGGAAAUUGAAUCCAGCCUGGUCAGUACCCGUGGUUCCAAGCUGCAAUUAGCGUCUAUCUGCGCCGUCAUGUGGAUGCGACGGGAAAUUGGUUCAUAAAUUCAACAGCAUUGCACAGUUUCAACUUGUAGUAUUCAAUAAUACAGAACAGUUCUAUUGGCAA